CAAUCCUCUUCAGUGGAAAAACGCAGCUUAGAUCUUCGGCGACAAACACUGUACCAGCUCCACAGAGGGGGAAAAAAAGAUUCUCUGCUGAAGUGUUUGUGUGACCACCUGCAGCCAUGUGUGAUCAGACGUUCGUGGCGAUCACCUUUGGCCCCUGUGACAGCUGCGGGAACCCCAGUCCUCUGAUGAACAUCUACAUCAAGAGUGAGGCCAUCAACUACUGCUCCUUCUGCGUGGAAAUGAUGGCCUGUCGGGGGCUACAGAAGGGAGAGAGCCUGGCUACACUAAAGACAGAGAGCGACACUCUGAAGAAGAAACUAGAGGAGGAGAGAGGCAAGCUGAACGACGUGGAGUUGCACCAGGUGGCUGAGAAGAUUGAGGUGUUGAACCCUCUCUCCGUAAAGACGAGGCGUGUAAUGAAGGGUCACACCAACAAGGUGCUGUGUAUGGACUGGUGCAGUGACAAGCGUCGCCUCGUCAGCUCUUCACAGGAUGGAAAAGUGAUUGUGUGGGAUGCGUUCACUCUUAAUAAGGAGCAUGGGUUGGCUCUGCCAUGUACAUGGGUUAUGGCGUGUGCUUAUGCUCCCUCGGGUUGUGCAGUGGCGUGUGGUGGACUGGAUAACAAAUGCUCCGUGAUCCCGUUGUCACUUGACAAAAAUGAGAACUUGGCCGCAAAGAAGAAGUCGGUUGCAAUGCACACUAACUACGUGUCAGGAUGCACCUUCACCAACUCUGACAUGCAGAUGCUGACCUCCAGUGGUGACGGCACGUGUGCCUUGUGGGAUGUGGAGAGCGGUCAGCUACUGCAGAGUUUCCAUGGUCACACUGCCGAUGUCUUGUCCCUGGAUUUUGCCCCAUCUGAAACUGGAAACACUUUUGUCUCCGGGGGCUGUGAUAAGAAGGCCAACGUGUGGGACAUGCGCUCUGGACAGAACAUUCAGUCAUUUGAGAGCCAUGAGUCUGACAUCAACUGUGUAAAGUACUACCCCAGUGGAGAUGCAUUUGCUUCUGCUUCUGACGAUGCCACGUGCCGAUUCUACGACCUACGGGCUGACCGUGAAGUGUCCGUCUACAAGAAGGACAGCCUCAUAUUUGGUGCUUCCUCUGUGGACUUCUCUAUGAGUGGACGCCUGCUGUUUGCUGGUUAUAACGACUACACCAUUAAUGUGUGGGAUGUACUGAAAGGCACUCGUGCCUCCAUCCUGUUUGGUCAUGAGAACCGUGUCAGCAAAGUCAGAGUGUCGCCUGACGGCACGGCACUCUGCUCGGCCUCCUGGGACAACACCUUAAGGAUCUGGGCCUAGUUUUCACAUGACGGAUGUGAUCCAGCAAAGACAGCACCAGCGUCACAUGACAGCCAACACUGCAGGUCCCUUACUAAAAAACAAGAAACAUAACAUGAGACAGUGUCACUCUUAUCAACUGUCGGGGCGUGUAUGUAUCUGAACAAACACUUCGACAAGUUCAGAUUUCUUAUCUUUGUUAUUGAUAGCUGGAUGACUGAUAUUGUGUAACUUCACAAGUGUUGCUAACAUAGUGAGAAAUAAUAUUCACUGUAAAGAACCACAAUAAGCUGUAGAAAUGUGUGCAGUGUAGACAACACACACACACACAUGCACACACGCACACAGAGUAAAAAAUGAACAUUGGUUUAUUCCCCUGUCAGCUACCAUGAGAGAACCACAAUAAUGCUCUAAGUAAGUCUAUGUUGUAUAUAUGUUUGUAUAAGUGUAUGAAAUAAAAAUCAUUUGAUUCUUA